AUGGCAAAGCUUAGGGAGGAAAUCGCCGUCCAAAAAGCCAAGGAAACAGAACUGAACAAAACAAUUCACAUCACAGAGGAGACAAUGCGAGCAAAGCAAAUGCUGGCAACAAUGUCUCAUGAGAUAAGAUCACCUCUUUCCGGGGUUGUGAGCAUGGCUGAGAUACUUACCACCACGAAACUUGAUAGAGAGCAACGACAGCUUUUGGAUGUCAUGUUAUCUUCAGGAGAUUUGGUCCUUCAACUGAUAAACGACAUCCUUGACCUUUCCAAGGUGGAGUCAGGAAUGGUGGCGGAGGGGGGGGCCCCUGCCGAGGUGGCGGUUGAGGUGGCGGCCACUACCGAGGUGGCAGAAAUGCUGGAUGCCGAGGCAGCAGUCAUAGAGGUGCCAGCCACUGAGAAGGCCGCCGCGGACAUGCCAGAUGACGAGCCUCCCCAGUCGUCGCUGCCGCUAUCCAUGGCUGCUGUGAGCAUGCCCCCAGCGCCGUUGUCCCCGGACUCGACGGUAGUGACUGAGCUUGCGGUGGUCGAGGCGAUAGCUACUGAAGCGCCGAGCCGGCCGCCUGUCUCUUCAAUGGUCCUGAUCGAGCUUGUGGCUGCAGAAGUUCUCGGCGCGCCGCCGGCCACUGAACCACAAAAUGUUAUGAACGGACAACAAAGCCAAAACAGCAUCGGCCGAGCUUCGGCCAUUGACCCCAACCAUGUGGUGGUCGAAGAUGUUAUGGAAGCCGAUGGAGGGCCAGUCUUGAGACCGAAUUCGGCCACUUCACUGGAGAUCCAACAGUUCAUCCGAGCAAUGGAGACAUCAAACCAACUCAACCAUCAACAGUUGCAAGAUAUGGCUCAAACCAAGAUAAAUGAGAGGUUUGAUCAGUUGCUAGGCCACUAA